GCGCGGCCGCCUGAGCCUUAGCAGGUAACGGAGGAGGGGCGGCCGGCGCGGCGUUCGGCGGGAUCCGCUUCCCGGGCUUCCCUUCGCUCGGCCGCGCCGGGCUCACCUGGCCGGCCCGCCCAGCCCCGCCGGGCUCGCUGUCGCCCAGCAGCGAUGGUGCCGGCCUGCGCCCGCCGCCUGCUGCGGCUGCUGGGGGCCGGCCGGCGGCCGCUCCUGCCCGGCCUCGCCCGGGCCCGCUGCGGCCCGGCGGCCAGCACCGCCCCGGCCGGCCCCGGCCGCGCCCCGGCCGUCAAGAAGCGAGGCUACGACAUCACCAGGAACCCCCACCUCAACAAGGGAAUGGCUUUUACACUUGAAGAAAGGCUACAGCUGGGAAUUCAUGGCCUCCUCCCUCCUUGCUUCCUGAGCCAAGAUGUUCAAGCCCUUCGUGUGAUGAAAAACUUUGAAAAGCAAUCUAACGAUCUAGACAAGUAUAUUAUUCUUAUGACAUUGCAAGACAGGAAUGAGAAGCUUUUUUACCGAGUGCUGACCUCUGAUAUCGAGAAAUUCAUGCCCAUAGUUUACACCCCAACAGUUGGCCUGGCUUGUCAGCACUAUGGUUUGGCUUUCAGGAGACCACGGGGAUUGUUUAUCACCAUCCAUGACAAAGGCCAUAUUGCAACAAUGCUAAACUCUUGGCCUGAAGAAAAUGUUAAGGCUAUCGUGGUGACAGAUGGAGAGAGGAUUCUUGGUUUAGGAGACCUAGGAAGUUAUGGCAUGGGUAUCCCAGUGGGAAAGCUUGCUUUGUACACAGCUUGUGGUGGAGUUAACCCACAGCAAUGUCUCCCUGUCCUGCUGGAUGUUGGCACGGACAACGAGGCUCUCCUGAAUGAUCCACUGUAUAUUGGACUGAAACACAAGAGGGUUCGUGGGAACCAGUACGACGAACUGAUUGAUGAGUUUAUGCAGGCAGUUACCAACAAGUAUGGCAUGAAUUGUCUGAUCCAGUUUGAAGAUUUUGCCAAUGCUAACGCUUUUCGUCUCCUCAAUAAAUACCGCAACAGAUACUGUACAUUCAAUGAUGAUAUCCAGGGCACAGCAUCUGUUGCAGUCGCUGGCAUCUUUGCAGCCUUAAGGAUCACAAAGAACAAGCUCUCUGACCAGAAGUUUGUUUUCCUGGGAGCUGGAGAGGCUGCAAUGGGCAUAGGUCAUCUCAUCCUCAUGGCCAUGGAAAAGGAAGGAGUUUCACGAGAGGAUGCCAUCAAAAAAAUUUGGAUGGUGGACUCCAAGGGACUGAUUGUAAAGGGCAGGAGCCACCUGAACCACGAGAAAGAAAUGUUUGCCCAGGACCACCCCAGUAUGGACACACUGGAAGAGGUUGUGCAGAAAGUGAAGCCUACAGCAGUUAUAGGUGUGGCGGCUGUGGCGGGCGCCUUCACGGAGCGGCUGCUGAAGGACAUGGCAGCCUUCAACGAGAGGCCCAUCGUGUUCGCCCUGAGCAACCCCACCAGCAAAGCGGAGUGCACAGCCGAGCAGUGCUACCGCCUCACCCAGGGCCGGGGAAUAUUUGCAAGUGGGAGUCCAUUCCCAAAGGUAACCCUGCCCAGUGGACAGACCUUCUUCCCUGGCCAAGGAAACAACGCCUACGUCUUCCCAGGAGUGGCACUGGGAAUCAUUGCCUGCGGGAUCCGGCACGUCUCUGAUGAAAUCUUUCUCCUCACAGCUGAGACUAUUGCUGCUGAGGUGACAGAGCAGAAUCUUGCAGAAGGAAGACUCUAUCCCCCCUUGGCCAGCAUCAGAGAAGUGUCUUUCAAAAUUGCUGUGAAAAUUGUUGACUGGGCUUACAAGCAAGGCAUUGCUUCUUGGUACCCUGAGCCAGCAGACAAGGAAACUUUUGUGAAACAGCUCGUGUACAGCCCUGAGUAUGAUUCAUUUGUUUUUGACAAUUAUAAGUGGCCCCCCGCAGCCAUGCAAACACAAAAUAUAUAAUGUUUUGUGAGAACUGUUCUCUCAUUUUUGCCAUCAGUUCCUGUGGCCCAUAUUAUUGCUGAUAUAAUGCACCUCCAGGCUUGCAGAAUGAUAAAAGUAAAUUAAUCCAAGUA